AUGAUGGCAAUGACCCAUUUCCAGAUAAACAUGAGUGACGAAGACAGCGACCUGGACUCGGCUGGCUUCAUGAUGAUGCCUCCGCCACCUCCACCGCCGGGAUCUCCGCCUCCCUAUUCGAGCAAGUCUAAAUACACCGGCAAGGCUCGCUUCAUCCAGUCUUCGGUCUAUUCCAGCCGAGAUACCGGGAAACCCAAAGCGCGAGGCAAGAAGCCACGCAAAAAGACCGAGCACAAACUUACUCCGUCUGGACAUGCCACAUAUCAGGGUGUGAACGACCAGAUAUACGCCACAAACAGCGACAUGGACGGACUCCACGCCCGACCCGCCCACAUGCUGAGUGUCGUGGAGCUGUGUAACAACAGCGAAGAAGACGCAGAGAGUGUGGCAACUACAGCCAUCGACACGCCCAUCCACUCAGCCGACGAGGACGGCAACGACACGGGAGACGACGGCUGGGCGGAUCAUAAUCGAUGGUACUGCAACAUUUGCAAGGACGGAGGAGAGUUGCUGUGUUGCGAUCGCUGUCCCCGAGCGUUCCACAUGAAUUGUUUGGGAAUGAGUGAAGAUAUGAUUCCAGAUAGCGAGUGGUACUGCAAAAUGUGCUCCGAAUGCUUGGACCGACGUCGAUUGAAGAAAGAGUCGAAGGAGAAGGCGCGUGUGAUGCGCGAGACGGAGAAACUGGAGCGUGACGCUCGACGUCGCAUGGCUGAGCAGAUGAGGGAGGAGCUGCUGGCCAAGAAGUCGGUGGAGGCGAUCGAGCACAAGGCCAAGCGCGUGUUGGAGAUGCAGGACCGCAUCCUCAGUCGCAAAAAAGUCAAGUACAAAGACAAGGAGGAGGAGAAACUCGGCAGACUGGCAGAAGAUCUCGGCAAGACUGUGCGUGCAGCGAAAGACAAAGUGGAGAAGCUGGAGAAAGAGGACGCAGCGCUCAGAAGGAAGGAGGAGUCGUUCCACAACAAGAAGAGACGCGGAGUGGACGAAAUCCCGCGUGAAGUGAUCGAAGACACGUCGCGUCCGGACAAACCAACGCCGACGCCGUGUGACUUUGCAGAUAUCCCGACGCAAUGCGUUGGGAAGCUGCUGGCUGUGUGGGACUGCAUCUACGCCUUCCGCGACAUCCUGGAGCUCUCGGACGUAUCCGUGGACCAGUUCAGUCGCGCUCUAAGCCACUCAAAGUACUCUGCUAUGCUGACAGAGAUCCACAUGUGCUUACUGGAGAAGAUCCUAGCGGACAGAGAGGACGACGACUACGUAUCGGAUGACGAAAACUCCAUCGACGACAGCGAGCGCUAUCGCUACGAGAUCCAGCACGCGCCGUUGACUGUAGGCGUGCCGACCCGCUCGAUGCUGACGUCGCUCACGUGGCCAUCGAUUCUCUGCAGCUUGAUUGCGGCUGUGCCUCGCUACACAGCACACGCGACGUCGACCUUCUUGGCGGCAUUUAGAGCUCUACAGGACGUCGACUACCCGGCAUUACAAGUGCAGCACAAACUGGCGCUACUGCAGUUCCUGGUCGGUCGUCUGGUGGGCACGGAAAAGGUCCGAAACCUGUUGGGCAAACAUCUCAACGACAUGCUCCAGGGCACGAAGGAAUACAAUCGCGCUGUGCUGCUGGACAAGAAAGUGACGCUGGAAGACGAGAAGAAACUGCGCGAGAAGCAGCGAGCCGAACUCACGAGCAUUGUGGAGCCCAGCAAGACGUCGAUCAAGUCGUGGCUGGGUACGGAGGAGACCAAGAGCGACUUUGAUGGCGACACUGGCUCUGCUAGCGACUCGGACUUGGACGAUCUUGCGUAUAGCGAAGAAGCUCUGACGAGGAACGAGGACGAGCUGGAGAAUCUGCAGCUGCAGGACUUUAUCUCUCGACACGAAUACAUUGCGCGCAAGAAGAAACUCGACAAGCAGCGGGAGCGUCUUCGACAGAAGAUGGAAGUGAAGCAACGCAAGCUGCAGCGACAGGAACAGAUCGAGCGUAAGCGCAGUCAAGCCAAGAACGGCAUCACCGAUGGCUUGACGUCCAAAGACGCCACUCUGCUGCAAAGUGCCAUCGAAAAGGGCAAGGAGUGUGGCCUUCCGGAGCGGAUUAUCGUGUCUGCCACGCACGUUCUGGAGAUUCUCGAAGCGGACGCAGCUCGCGAAGAAGAAGUGAUGCACAAGAAGCGCAAGUUUAACGCUCUGCUUCUCCAGGCUUUCGUACGGUCGGAGCCUCUCGGACGAGAUCGAGACCAGUUACGGUACUGGAUCCUGCGAGGAGAUUUACAGCGACUGUAUGUGGAGGUACCAGGCCUCCCGAGCACGUUGAAGCGCAAGUACGAGUCUCUGGCGAAGAGCGGAUCUCCGAGAGACUCGUUGAUCCCGGAGGACGACAGCACUGCCACGUGGUACUGCUAUUCGUCGCAGACGGAGGUGAACUCGCUGUUGCAGGCGCUAGAUGGGCGUAUCUCUCGCGAGGCGCAGCUGCGAUCAGCGCUGAAUGACCACAUGGACGAACUCUCGAGCGAGAUGCCCGUGUCGAAGCCUGGUUUGCUGAUUUCCGAUCUCUUGAACGAGGAGAGUGCCAAGAAGCGGCCGCCACGUGCGUCGGCUGACGAGGAAACGGCGUUUCUACAGUGGAAGAACGGCAAACACUCGAAGCGUAAAGCUGUUGAGCAUGCAGAGCCCAGUGUCGAGUCCUUUCGCGAAGAUCUGCUCAAGGGUCAGGACUGGAUCUGCAAGUGUCUUCAAACCGAGCUGAUGGCGGCUCAAACGAAGCUGAAACCGGACACUGCGGCAGCGUCGAGUACUCCUCAAACGGAUGUGAAGAGUGCGAGUAGUACGAGCGAGGAAGUCGACGACAAGAGCGACGAAGAGGACGACGACGAAGAAGAGGAGACGAUGGACGCUCUGGUGGAUGAUGGGACGAGGUUGUGGCCCUCCAAGUAUUGUCGGGAGCGCUGGAUUCAGAGUGUGAAACGCGGCAAGACUGUCGCUGUUUUGGCCACUGCGUUGGCCUCACUGAUGCAUCGUCUGGAGGUGCUGGGCUUUCUGAAUGUGUCGGCUGAAGAUGCCAUGAAGACGCGUGCGAAGAGUGAGAAGGAGAAGCGAUCGCGCAAGGAACGCGCAGUCAAGAAGAAGAAACAGGACGAAGAAGCCGACGAUGCCGGUCGGACGCGCGAGUCGGUGGACGAGUGGGAAGAGGACUGCUAUAUCUGCAGCGAAGGCGGCGAGCUCGUGUGUUGCGACGGAUGUCCUCAUGUCUUCCACUACUCGUGCAUUGGUCUGCGUCGCGUCCCUCGUGGCAAGAUCUUCUGUCACGAGUGCGAUACAUCAGUGAAUCCAGUGCUCCCUGCCAAGAAGAACGGCAAAGCAGCAGCCAAGCGGCCGAGACGCUCCCAGUCGCCAACGUCACGAGGUCGACGUCGCAAGCAAGCCAAGACAAAGUCGGGGGAUUCCGACUCGGAGAGCGGCGCAGACUCGGAUUCAGCUGUGUCUGCCACGUCGUCGCAUCGUCUGCCAUCAAGGAAAUCUUCUCCAGUGCGACCAGCGCACGUGGAGAACCACACGGGACCGAAGAAUCCGGACGACCAAUGGGAUGUCGACUGCAGUGUCUGUGGCCUGGGAGGAGAGCUGCUCUGCUGCGACGGAUGUCCUCGUGCCUUCCAUGUUACUUGCAUCGGACUGGAGAAAAUUCCAGAGACGGAAUGGUUCUGCAACGAGUGUAAUCUGCAGACGUGUGGGGCCUGUAAGAAGAACCGGAUUCGACUGGACUCGCACGUGAUCUGCGGCUCCGAGGACGGCACCAAGGGCUGCGACCGCGUUUUCCACCUGAAAUGCGCCAAGCUUGAUGCUGUUCCUGCCGACGACUGGUAUUGCAAGAAAUGCCGGGCGACUCUGAAUCUGUAA